ACUGCAUUUUCCCAAGUUCUGUAUGGAUCUACAUAUAUUGGAAUUUAUGAAGAAUAUAAAAAAGUGAUUAUUUCAACAAGACAUGGAGUGGAUAUGUUAGAAGAUUAUGGUAUUUUCUUUUGUAGUAAGUUAUUUGUUUAAUAGAGAUUUUAUUGAUUUUUGAUGUGUGAACAGAUGUAUGAUUUUGUUGUUUCUUGUUAAUCUUACUUAUGAAUGUAAUGUAUGUAGAUUACAGGUAGUUCUCAAUUUAUGGCAUUUGUUCAGCAACUUUUGACAUUAAAAUAGCACUGAAUGAAGGGACUAAGUUACAACUGUUGCAGUGCCCCCACAAUCAUAUGAUCAAAAUCCAGGUGCUUGGAAGCCUGCUACGUUUAUAAGCAUAAGUAUGCUGAAACUCCCUCCACCCACCUAUCUUCUCAUCUAUUGCCUUUUGGCGUCCUGCUGCCCAGCUCACCUUUGCUUCUAUCUUUUUGCUUUUGCUGAGGAGGCUGGUUUAAUGAAAUGCAUAAAUGAUCUUGAGAAAGGGGAAAAGAGAUGUUUCCUAGGAAGCCCCUCUUCUCCACUGUUCUUAAGGUCAUUCAGACAUUCCAUUACAGCUGGCUCAGUCUACCUGAAGGUCCUUAUGGGGCUGGGAGAGAAAAAAAACGCACAAAGUAGCUUAAAGAAUCUGUAGGGUACCAGUCCCCUGUUUGUGCUGUGUUCCUGGCCCAUUUGGAGCUGGCUUCACAUGGCGAAAAAUGGAAAACCCCUUUAAGCUGCUUUGUCUGGGUUUCUCUAUCUUUUGCUCUUUUUCUCUUUCACAAUGCAUAGUCAGCCCCAAACAGGAGCACAGUGCAUUCACAGUUUUUGCCAUGUGAAGCCAGGCCUAUGUGCCCAAGUAGUCAUACUGGGCAUAUCUCAUCGGCAGCAGAAGCAAAAAGGCAGAAAAGGUAAGCUGGGACAACAGGACGGUGGGGGUCCUGGAUGGGGAGGGUGCAGGGUGGAUAAAAAUCAAUGAUUUUUUUAAAAAAAUCAAAAAAAUCAGAUUUUUUUGAUUUAAAUCAGAUUUUUUUAAAUAAAAUGCUUUUUGAGGAAAAUACCAUCCAAAGGUUAUUCCAUCAUGAAAUAAAGAUUAGUUUUUUAAUUAUGUAGAAUAAGGCUGUAUAUGUUUAAUUUUUUUGGUAAAUAAAUUCCAUUAAUCUGUAAGGUCCCAAAAUACACUUGAGUCACCAGAAUGCCAAAGAGAGAGAGACUCAAGACGAAGCUUGCAAAAAAAUAGCUUUUAUUUAUGGCCAAAAACAAAAUACUGGGUGGAACUAUAUCCAGAACAUACAGAUACAAUGCAUGCGAGGAAAUAGCCACACCUUGGGGAAGGUAUGGCGUCCUUUUAUACCCUCAGAGACAUCAGCUUAGUACCCAAUUCUGGCCUCCUAAUUUAGGUUUGUGUAUUCCUUGUUGCCCUGCAAGGGGGAAUAGAAACUUCCCAAUUAGUUUUAUCUUGAGCAUUUCUUUGUUUAUUCAAUUGGCCACUUAGCCCCCCUGGCUCUGGAAGACUAGUUUAUCCAGAUCAAACAUAAAUUAAGGCUGAGGUGUAAAUUAUCCCUUUGUUGAUAGGUACCAUGCUCUUAGAUAGCACAGAAAGAAGAUUGAUAUGAGUUCAGGUCAAAUGGCAGGGACAUACGUUUGACAAAUACCAGAUACAUUACAAAGGCGUAAUAACAGAAUAUGUUUGUUACAGGAGAUGCAAAUAUAAAGGCAUAAUAUAUGUGAUACAAAUACAAAGGCAUAUAUGUAUUACAGGAACCUAAUGGUUACAGAAUCUAGUAUACCAGUAUAUCAUAUUCUAGUAUUAUUUAUUAUAUCCUUAUUAUUGUUUCCCUUCAAUCCAUUCACAAUGUCAUGCUCUUCCAGAGGUUUUUGUAAGAUUAUUGGGCAGUUUCUCUGCCUACAAGAUAUUAUCACAGAUACUUGGUUUACUUUUGCAGUUCUCAAAACUGAAUUUGACUCAGCAGAGAUCACAUGCCUCUUCUUCACAGCAAAAAUGUUAUAACAUGAACAGAGUUGAGAAAAAGACCUUAAUCCUAUUGUUCUACAAACCUAUGAAUACAGAAUCAACCCCUUCAGUGCUAAGUUUCAAGAAGUUCAGUGAAUAGAAUAGAAACAAUAUUUUUCUGAUUGUUUGGAGUGGAAUAGAUCUGCACAAGAAGAAAGUGAAAUUAAGUGUGAGGAGGAAGGGGCAAGCAGACAAGCAGUACAAAAUGAAAGUGAAACUUUCUGAGCACAAUACCGCACAACCACAGACAGACAAGUCUUUGGAUCUUUUUGUGUGUAUCACCUGAGGUUUAUCACAUUCUUUCCUUGGAGGAAAAAACCUAUAAUGGCAGCAGGCCGUAAAAGAGACCCAGUUUGGCAAUAUUUUAAUGAAGUUCCUUUACCUAUUGGUAAGGCAGGCAUGCGUGCAAACUGCAAACACUGCAACAAAGAAAUGCAAGGCCUGGUGGCCCGAAUGAGGCAACAUCAUGAGAAGUGCUGUGAUGAAGAUGACCAAAGAAACACAUUUGAACAGGCAGGAUCUUCAGGUUGGUAAACAUUUUUAUUGAAUUGUAUUUCUAAAGACUGCCUUGAACUGUCAUGUUUGAGCAAAAUUAUAUUUCUUAUUAUUACUGCAUGUUACUGUCAUUUGGUACAGUUAUGAAGAAAAGCAAAUAUUCCUUUUGGGGCAGUGCUGUGUACAAUAAGCAGAAAUUGUAUAAACAAUAAAAUAACAGCAUUGACUUUUUUGUUUAGGGGAAUUCAUGGAUUCUGGAAACUAUCCACCUUCAAGAUCACCAUCCUUCUGUUCUACAGUUUCAGAGUUAUCCAUCCAGGAUAGUGCUUCAUUAGUAUCAUCAUCAUCAGACACCCACAGCCACAUAUCACUAUCACCUAAAAGAAAGACAAAACUCUUCCCUCCUGGAACCACCAUAGAUAAGUUUGUAAUAAAAACUAGCAGAUUAGAAAAAGAGUUAAUUGAUGAAAAAAAUGCCCAGUUUGUUUAUGCAACGAGCUCUUCUUUCCGUCUGACUGAGAACCCACAUUUCAUUAAUAUGGUUCAGUCACUGAGACCAGGAUACAGUCCACCCAGCAGAGCAGAUAUUGCAGGGAAACUGAUGGAUAAAGUGAUCACAGACAAAUGUAGCAAUGUGCAACAGCUCUGGAGGGUAGAAUUGUUAACCUAAGUAUUGAUGGAUGGAGUAAUGUCCACAAUGAUCCUAUUGUAUGUGCUUGUAUAACAACAGAAGAAGGCAAAGUCUUCCUUGCACAAACAAUUGAUACGCCAGGAAAUGCACACACAGCAGAAUACUUAAAAGAAGUGGCAGUAAAAGCUAUAAUAACGUGAACAAAAAUUCAAAUGUCUAACGCAGUUUGGUCACAGACAAUGCUGCAAAUGUAUCCAAGAUGAGAAGAAAUUUAGAAGAGCAGGAAGGGAAUACAAAGUUAAUAACAUAUGGUUGCAGUGCUCAUUUGCUGUACCUCUUAGCCAAAGACUUAAAGUGUUCCAGAAAUAAAGACUAAUGUUGUUGAAAUUGCUAAAUACUUCCGUAACAAUCAUUUUGCUGCAGCAGCUCUGAGAAGGAUGGGUGGAACCAAGCUAACGCUCCCACAAGAUGUUAGAUGGAACUCUGUGGUGGACUGUUUUGAGCAGUAUAUCAAGAACUGGGCUAUUCUGAUGACAGUUUGUGAAGAAAAUCGAGAUAAAAUAGAUGGCACUGUCAUGGCCAAAAUCCUCAACGUUGGGCUUAAGAGAAAUGUUGAACAUAUGCUGAGCAUCCUGAAACCCAUCUCUGAAGCUUUAAACAAAAUACAGAAAAAUAGCUGUUUUAUUGCUGAUGCGGUUGAAAUUUGGAAGGAACUGAGUGAACCCUUAAAAACAGAACUACACAUGGACAGAAUUAAAUUACAAGCAUUAAAAAAACGAAUGGACAAGUACUGUCUUCAGCUCAUUUUUUGGCAAAUAUUGUCAAUAUCCAGUAUGGGGUCAAAACUUAACUGCUGAGGAGUUAGCUAUGACAUGGGUAUCCAGCAAUCAUCCAUCUGUAAUGCCAACUAUAAUAAACUUCAAAGCUAAGGGGGAACCAUUCAAGAAAUAUAUGUUUGCUGAAGAUAUUUUAAAGAAAGUCACACCAGUGAACUGGUGUAAGUCACUUAAGCACUUGGAUUUAGAGACUGUUCAAGUAAUGAUUUCACUUUUAACAGCAGUAGCUUCUUCUGCAGGCGUUGAAAGAAUAUUCUCUUCCUUUGGACUCAUUCAUUCUAAAUUGAGAAAUCGUUUGGGACCCGAUAAAGCAGGAAAGCUUGUUUUUCUUUUCCAGAUUAUGAACAAAGAAGAAGAUGAAGAUGACGAGUGAGCUACAGAGGACAGUAUUUAAGUUUUUCAUGUGUAGGCUGGGCUGACAGUCUAAGUUUCUUAAAAUAUAUAUAUAUUGUUUAGCCAAAUUAGUUAACAAACAUGGAUGUUUGUUUAAGCAAAUAACAUGCUGUAAUGUUAUUGUUUCAGUUGAAUAAAUCUAUUUAAAUUGUUAUUAUUAAGGUAAUGAUUAUUUUUCUCCUUCCUAAGUACAACAGAAAAGUUGUCCAAAUAUGAAUGAUUAACCUAUUAAACUCGGGAUAAAAAAACUAAUAUGAAAAGUUGUUAUUUUAAAAAUCUUCAUCUACUUGCAUAUUAAAGUUAUACCAGCAAGAAUUAGUCUUUAUGUAGAAAACUAUGAUUUAAAUCAAGCCUUACUGACUAGUGAUUUAAAUCGUGAUUUAAAUCAAAUCCACCCUGGGAAGGUGACCAGAAUUGGAUUGAGGUGACUUCAGCUUUCCAGGUUCUGCACAGUUCUGAGACUGCUUGCCACUCUAAGAUAAGGCAGCCAAAGGGCAACAAUACGGAAGAGAUAGACAAGUGUGGAUAGUUGGUGGUAGCCCCUUAACUUACAAAGGUCAGGGCUGGGAGAGACCAAGCCCAGAAUGACUUGGAUUGUGGUGGAUACUUCCUUUUUUAAAAAAUUCUUUUUAUUUUGUUAUUGGUGGCUUUUAAAAGAGCCUUUGGGUCUGGCGAAGGAGAUUUCAUCUCAAGCUCAUUUACUUGGAGCUGGUGUACUUAGUCACAGCCUUGGUGCCCUCGGAGACGGCAUGUUUGGCCAGUUCUCCGGCAGGAGGAGGUACAUGGCUGUCUGGAUCUCACGGGAGGUGAUGGUGGAGCGCUUGUAGUGAGCCAGGCAGGAAGCCUUGGCUGUGGUGCGCUCGAAGAUGUCGUUAACAAAGGAGUUCAUGAUGCUCAUGGCAUUGGAGGAGAUGCCGGUGUCAGGUGGACCUGCUUCAACACCUUGUAGACGUAGAUAGAGUAGAUUCCCUUGUGGCUCUUCUUGCGCUUCUUGUCCCCUUUCUUCUGCAUCUUGGUGAUGGCUUUCUUGGAGCCCUUCUUGGGCACAGGAGCGAUUUAGCCUGUUUGGGCAUCCUUCUCAAGACAGAAUUUCAAGCGGGGAAAAAAAUAAUAGAGAGAAAAACCGGAAAGCAAUCUGUGGAUACUUCCUUAACAAACUGUAAUUCUCAGUUAAAUGGUAAUCUCAGUCCCAAUUGUGAUUGUAGCAUGGUUCUAUAUCAGAAAUGUUUUACUGCAUUUUGUAUUACAUUAUAAACUUUUAUGAUAAGUUUAUGUCAUAAAAUGUUUUAUAAAAUUUGCCAAAAUCAAUUCCACAGGAAUCGAGGGUCCCAGAUUUUGGACAUAUUCUGUAAAUUAACUCGUUUAAGGUUCAAAAAUUGUUGCCCAAUGAUUCAUUGUUUCAUCUGUUAAACAUUGCAUGAAUGAGAUUUUUAGUAGCAUAUAGAUGUAAUAGGCACUUUAUAUAUGCCAAACUAGCAUUUACGAUUAUUCAAGCGGAUAAACCUUGUGUCUUGAGUAAAGAGGCAAAUCUCACAAUCUAGAAAACUUGAUGACUCCAACUUUUAUCAGUGCAAAUUUGCAUUCUUCAGAUCUUAGUCAUUUUCAAGAGAGCUAAAAAUUAAUACUUGUGAUUGUGUGAUUACAAAAUUAAAACAAUUCUCACUAUUUUGGCAACCAAAUCAGUACUAUACGCACGUAGUGAGUCCCAUGGGUUGGCUAAGGAAAGGAAAGUAAGUUCAGCACCUUAACCAUUAACCAUACUAAUUCAGUAUACUAUCUAUUGAAAAUCAAGCAAUUGUGAUGUUCUAGUUGCCAGUAUCUCUCUGAAAUAGUCCACACUGCUGCAUAAAGUAUCUGUUCCUGCAGUAAUUCAGUGCACAAAGAAGGAAAAGUUUUUUCUCUGGUAUUCAGUGAUUUAAGUUGAUACAGGCAGUCCUUGAUUUACAACAGUUCAUUUAGUGAUCGCUCAAAGGUACAAUGGCACUGGAAAAAGUGAGUUAAGUCUGUUUUUCACAAUUACGAUCAUCGGAGCCCGGGUCUGAGGAGGAGGAGGAGAUGGAGCCGGGGCUGAUGGAGGAGAAGGGCGCAGUCCCUAUGGCCCAUGAGGAACAACCUGGGCAUGAGGACAAGGCAGUCCCCGGUCCCUCAAGCCCCAGAAGCUGGGGAGGAGAUGGAAAGGGCAGGCAGCGGAGCAGAGGAGAGGCAGUAUUCCAGAGAUGAGCAAAUGCUUCCCUCACCCGAUCUCUGAGUGCGGAGAAUGGAGAGGUAGAGUCAGCGCAGGGUGACCUAAUUACUCGGGAGGAGGGCACCCCAACUCUCCUCCCGAGGAUCAGCUGCCUCCAAGAAGAGCUUUGCUCCAGAAUCCUUGCUGGUCUGGACUGAGGUUUGAUUUUUUGCUUUGACAUUCAUUGUGAACUUUGCCAAGUUUGAGUGCCUGUCUUGCCCCCGGAGCAAUGCUGCUCCUAUGGACUUUCUCUCCUGGGAAAUUACACAAAGCGUGUGUGUUUGAGCCUUGCUCUUGGACUGUAAGGGUAGCUUCGGGACAGAGACCUUGGAGAAUGGACCAGGAAUUGCUAGAUUGUGGGGGAUGGUGGUUGAAUAAAAGUUGUCAAGCUUCCACCUAGCAUGUGUUGCUUGCGUGCCAACUCUGGGUCAUAACAUCCCUAUGAUCAUGUGAUCAAAAUUUAGAUGCUUGGCAACUGGUUCAUACUUAUGACUGUUGCUGUGUCCCAAGGUCAUGUGAUCAACUUUUGUGAUCUUCAGACAAGCAAAAUCAAUGGGGAAGUGAGAUUCAUUUAACAGCCGGGUUACUAACUUAUCAAUUGCAGUAAUUCAGUUAACAGUUAUGGCAAGGAAGAUCGUAAAAUGGGGCAAAACUCACUUAACAAAUGUCUCAUUUAACAACAGAAAUUUUGGGCUGAAUUGUGGUCAUAAAACGAAGACUUCCUGUAUUUCACUUUUAUUGCUAACAUUUGUUAAUUAUGCUGAUUUCUUUUCAGUUUUCAGAAGACUGUUCAGUGAGUUAACGGGUGACUGAAGUAAUAUAAAAAAGUGGAUGGGCAGCUUGACUAGAAAUCAAAUAUAUGGUUAAGCUUGGAAUGGAAAUAUAAAAGGAGGAGAUUAAAGAGGGUUGCUGGCCGAUUAUCUGCAGAUGCAAUUAGUGUGGAAAAGUACAUAUACUUCGCUGCCCAAAUCACCAUGAGCAAAAGAAAUGGAGAGAGCAGUAAAAGCCAUUCAUCAUGGUGAAGAAAUAAGUAGCAACUAGUGCAAAUGUUUUAGAAUGAAAAAGUGAGAAAGUGAAUUAUGUGGCUUUGUACAGAAAGCAAGCAUUGGUGGACAUGCAGACUCAAGAAUGAAUACUCCGUCAGAAACCAAUAAACCUGUAAAAAUGGAAAGCGGGGAUGGGGAAACAGGCACACAAACAAAUGGCCUAGACUUUCAGAAACAGACGGUGCCUGUUCCAGGGGCAAUCUCCACAGCCCAGGCAUUCCUUGGACAUCUUCAUCAGGUUCAGCUUCCUGGAUCAAGUUUACAAGCUGCUGCCCAAUCCUUAAAUGUACAGUCUAAAUCUAAUGAAGAAUCUGGGGACACUCAGCAGCCAAGCCAGCCUUCACAGCAGCCUUCAGUUCAGGCGGCCAUACCGCAAACACAGCUUAUGUUGGCUGGAGGGCAGAUAACUGGGCUUACGUUAACACCAGCCCAGCAGCAAUUAUUACUACAACAGGCACAGGCACAGUUGCUGGCAGCUGCAGUGCAGCAUUCAGCCAGUCAGCAGCACAAUGCUGCAGGGGCCACCAUCUCAGCUUCUGCUGCAACGCCCAUGACACAGAUUCCUCUAUCUCAGCCGAUACAAAUUGCACAGGAUCUGCAGCAUCUACAGCAGCUCCAGCAACAAAAUCUCAAUCUGCAACAGUUUGUCUUGGUGCAUCCAACAACCAACUUGCAACCAGCACAGUUCAUCAUCUCACAAACACCGCAGGGGCAGCAGGGUCUCCUGCAAGCGCAGAAUCUCUUAACGCAACUACCUCAGCAAAGCCAAGCCAACCUCCUGCAGUCUCAGCCAAGCAUCACUUUCACCUCUCAGCAGCCAGCAACCCCAACACGCACAAUAGCAGCAACCCCUAUUCAGUCACUUCCACAGAGCCAGACAACACCAAAGCGAAUUGAUACACCCAGCUUGGAAGAGCCCAGUGAUCUUGAGGAGCUUGAGCAAUUUGCCAAGACUUUUAAACAAAGACGGAUCAAACUUGGAUUCACUCAGGGUGAUGUUGGGCUCGCUAUGGGCAAACUGUAUGGAAAUGAUUUCAGUCAAACUACUAUUUCUCGCUUUGAAGCCUUGAACCUCAGCUUUAAGAACAUGUGCAAGUUAAAACCACUUCUGGAAAAGUGGCUCAAUGAUGCAGAAAACCUCUCAUCUGAUUCAGCUCUUUCCAGCCCAAGUGCCCUGAAUUCUCCAGGGCUGGGGAUUGAGGGCUUGAACCGUAGGAGGAAGAAACGCACCAGCAUAGAGACCAACAUACGUGUGGCCUUAGAGAAGAGUUUCCUGGAGAACCAAAAGCCUACCUCGGAAGAGAUAACCAUGAUAGCUGACCAGCUGAAAAUGGAAAAAGAGGUGAUCCGUGUUUGGUUCUGUAAUCGGCGCCAGAAGGAAAAAAGAAUUAACCCACCUAGUAGUGGUGGAACCAGCAACUCACCCAUCAAAGCAAUGUUCCCUUGUCCAACGUCAUUGGUGGCAACUACACCAAGUCUUGUGACAAGCAGUGCAGCUACCGCUUUGACUGUCAACCCUGGACUCCCUUUAACCAGCGCAACUGUAACUAGUUUGGCAGUCUCAGGCACCACAGAAACCAUACCCAACAAUACCGCAACCGUAAUUUCUACUGCACCUCCAGCUUCCUCGGCAGUGACAUCACCCUCCCUAAGUCCUUCUCCUUCUGCCUCCGCUUCCACAUCUGAGGCAUCCAGUGCCAGUGAGACAACCACAACGCAGACAACCUCCACCCCCCUGACCUCGGCACUUGGGACCAGCCAGGUGAUGGUAACUGCUUCUGGUUUGCAAACUGCAGCAGCAGCUGCACUACAAGGAGCUGCACAGUUGCCUGCAAAUGCAAGUCUGGCUGCUAUGGCAGCUGCAGCAGGAUUGAAUCCAGGCUUGAUGGCAUCUUCCCAAUUUGCAGCUGGAGGUGCCUUACUUAGUCUCAAUCCUGGGACACUAGGUGGUGCUCUCAGCCCAGCUCUGAUGAGCAACAGUACAUUGGCAACUAUUCAAGCUCUUGCAUCUGGUGGCUCUCUUCCAAUAACAUCGCUGGAUGCAACUGGGAACUUGGUAUUUGCCAAUGCUGGCGGUACACCCAACAUCGUAACUGCCCCACUGUUCUUGAACCCUCAGAAUCUUUCACUGCUCACCAGCAACCCAGUUAGUUUGGUCUCUGCUGCUGCAGCUUCCGCAGGGGCCUCUGGACCAGUUGCCAGCCUUCAUGCCACCUCCACCUCAGCGGAAUCUAUCCAGAACUCUCUCUUCACAGUGGCUUCAGCCAGUGGGGCUGCUUCCACCACCACUACGGCCUCCAAGGCACAGUGAGUUGGGCUCAGCUGUGCUAACCCUAGCCUGUUUCAUGCUGCAGUGAGAUUGGCUGGCAGCUGGGCUUCUGAACUGCAAAUUAUGUUUGGCUUCCUCAUGCCGUCUUACUGGGGACAAGGGAGAGAAGGAAAAAUAUUAGAAACAGGAAAAAAAAACAGCAAGAAAAAGAAGGAUUUAAAACUGGGACAAACAAUUGCCUAAUUUUAUAAGAAACACUGUCUUUUCAGGAUUGCUUCAUUGAUUGGAGAACUUUCUAACCAAAAAUGUAAAAAAAAAAAAGGACUACUUAUCAUUUCCAGCAGUCUCAGUGACAAGUUAAGGUGGGUUAUCAACUCAAACAUAGGAAUGGGUUUUCUUUUUUCUUUUCUUUUUGAUCUGAAUAUCUUUUUUUAAUUAUCUUUUAUUGGUCUGUUGUACAGGCCAUAAUGUCAUACAAGAUGUUUAUAAUCUUAUCAAUCGUGUUGGGGGUUCCUUUCUUAACUGGUACAGUUUAGGCAGGCCUGUAUUACUUGUGAAUCUCUUUAUGAUUAUUAUUAUUUUUUAUAUAAAGAGAAGAAGAAAGUUUGGACACAUUUCUCUUUGCUCCUGGAACAGUUUUAGUGAGCUCCCAUGCCACUCAGAGGGAAGGCAGAAGAGAGGGAAGCAUGUGAAUCACAAAUAUUCUUUAUAAUUUCCUUGGUGGAAUGUUUUAUGAGAUUCUCUCAGAAAUAUUGGCAGUUAAAAUAAACAUACUGAGGGUCAUGUGCAAAGAUAGUCUACACAUGUAAGGUAGGAGUUUUGUUUAGACAGUGGUUUGUUCAUCAUAUUUGGCCAAAUCUUGCCCUCAUUUGCACGUAUUUGGCUCUUGUUGAUCCAAGGGGGAAAGGAUUUGGCCUGCAGAGUCUGUUUCAACUAUUGUGGUGAUGAUUCUCUUAUUUCCUAAUUGCAUGGAAAUUGCCACUUUACAACUUUGGAAAUACUUCUGUUACUUACUUUCUCAGGAGACUGCCUAUAUUGCUGAUAACUCAUAUACAUCCACUAAAUCUUCCUACCAGCUGUUUGGCAUAGGAUUUCAAAAAAAAGGCCUGCAUUGGCUCAUUUUUAGAUUUUUUUUUCCUGGAGUCUCUUGCUUUUAUGAUUGUAUUAAAAUUAUUUUGAAUUUAAAACAUUUCUGUUCCAGAAGUAAACUGGGUCACAUGAACAGGAAGUACCAUUUACGCCAACACAGCCAUAACAAGCAGCCUUGUAAACUUGUUCCAUUGUAAACAGUCUGUAGUGUUUUUACCAUUGCUUGCUGCUGUGGGAAAUAGUGGUAAGGGAUGAUUGGAAAACAGGCCAACUUGCUGUGGAAUACGAUGAGCACUGGCAUGUUGCAUGUAUUUUGCAAUGUUUCGUGCUGUUUCUGGUUUUUGCUGCUAAAUCAUUUAUGGCAGUAAACACCUCUACUAAAGAGUAAAACUGUUCUCAAGCAUCAAGUAGUAUGUGCAAACAACUGCUGACAAUGGAUGAGAGAGAGAGAUGGAGGAAAGGAGACAGAGAAAAUCUUAUAUUGACCUGAACUCAUAUUUUCUCAGAUGAAAAAAAGUUGGGAUCACUACCGCAUAGCUGGCACAUUCCUAUCUCCUUGAGACAAAUUGGAAAAUAUCAGAACUGUUCAAUGUUCCUUUCUAUUACUAUUUGGAAUAUGGGGAAAAGGGAUAAGGAAGUUCCUAAGAUCACAAAGCUGCAAUCCAUUACUUGCCCCCCACAAAAAAAUAUUGUCUCUCAUCAGCUAAUAACAGAAAGAAAGUUCAUUUGUAGUGCCAUCUCUGAUUGGUGACUCCAGUUUGCAAGCCUGUAUUAACUAUCAACUGACGCAAAUCUGUCUCCUCUCCACCUGCUAUCAUGCUGCCUGUUCUCUGUUCAUCUCUGAAUCUUCAACUUCCUGAUUCACAAGCUAUUGAAAUUUAAGAAAUUAUUUCCUAAAACUGAAAAAAAAAACUUGUGAACUGUUAAGCAGGGAAAUGAGCAAAUGUCCGUCCACCGUCUUUAAUGUGUGUUUAUUUUUUUUUGAUGUUUUAUUUUUUUAAAACUAAGCUUGAACCAAAGUCAAUUUCUAGCAAGCUGCUGUACUAAUGGACUAGUUUGUAUAAGUGCAGUUCAGAUGCAGAGAGGUGAUAGAUGCUACUGACAAUUUCUUUUCAUUUGUUUAUUAUUUUAUGUAAAAAUUGCUGCUUGUUUUAAUCUUUUGGUGGGGAGAGGUUGAUCUUUUUGUAUAUCCUUAGGGCAAAGUCUUAACUUGAUUAUUUUCUAAUUUCCAUGGUUUGGGGUGGGUAAAUAGAAUGACAAUGGCAAAUGCUUACUAAUUUAGCUGAUUCUGCAUUCUCCUUAGUAGUUUGGAUCAGUCUAAAUCCUGGGAUAUGCGAUCUCCAUAAUUCUAGUCUCAGAAUACAAUUAUAAUAUUUUGGGUCAAAAGUUGAAUUGACUUAUAGCAACAGCAUGCUGCAGUCAAAGUAGGUAAGAAGGCAGGACAAUAUUCAAGAUGCUGGCCUAUAGGCCAUUAUAUUGACUAAUUUCUACCAAAGGAAAUAUCAGUCCAGUAAAUGUUCAUUUUGUCCAUUGAAAAAAGAUUUUGCUUUUUUAUACAUGCACAAACACACAAAUAAUUAUAAAAGCAAAGGAGGUAAUGGUGACUUUUGAUUGUGUUUGCUCACCCGUAGGCUUCAAACCAAAAAACAAAAAAUACCCAUUUUAUAAUCAUAAACAUUUCAAAGAAAUUCAGGGAAAUUAAUUUGGUUUGUCUGCCUGUAGUUGAUUAGGUUCACUGUUUUUUUGUUAGGUGUGAAGGUAUGAUAUAGAGAUACUCAGAAUUCUAAUUAGCUCAGAUGAUUGCUAUAAAACAUUUAAAAUUAUUUUAAUUUGCUCAUAUAAUGCAUGAAUCCAACAUGCAUUGUAUCAACUUAUUUAUAAACAUUUUUCAGACCUUUCCACUCUUCCCUGUGUCGUACAAAUAGCCACACUCUUAAAAGGUGUUAUAACUUAUAUCAGAGAAACUGGAAAUUCAGAAACAGACAAACCAGCAAUUGUUUGGUUGAAUUGUAAGUUUUAUAUUUGAUUAAAGUGGUUCAGUUAUGUAUUUGAUGAAUUAUCAGGAGAUUGCUACAAAAUUUCCAAUAAUACAAAAAUACUGGAGUUUUAAUGGUUAUCACUAUUUAUUAUUUUGCCACCUACUUAGUUCUACUCAGUAAUAUGUAUGCUCCAUAAAUUAACAUAUAAACAUUAUUGCGCAGUCUAAAAUAAUCAGCUUUACAAUAUUACAAAUAUUGUAAUAGUUACAAUUGAUUUAAAACUUCAGCAGAAAUCAGAUGUGUACAAUUGGAGAAUCUGUAGGAAUAAACAAUUUGGAGGGCCAGAAAACACAUACAUAUUCUAGUAGUUGGGACAACUUUCUGAUAGUCACUACAAAUGCAGUUUAUGCACUCAAAAAUAUGUGCACUGUAUACGUAUCCUCUAAUAACUAGAGACGAUCACAUAUUAAUCCUAUCACUUAAGUUAAUUACUUGAGUUAAUUACUUAAGUUAAUUGUGUUCCAAUCUCUCAGUGUUCCAAAAUAUGUUACAAUGAUACUGUUCCCAUUUCAUAGCUAAGUUAUUUUGUUGUCCUAUUCAUCACAUUCAGUGAGACACAAUUUUAUAAGCCAAAAUUUGCAAUAUUAUUCUGGGACCUUAUUACCUUAUUUUACAUCAAUCUUCUUUUAUCUGGUAUCAUAAUUGGAUCACCUUUCCCUUUGCCUCAAUACAAAAAUAACACUGGGGAUGAUGGGAAUUUCAAUCCAGUGCGUCUGGCGAGUUUCAGAUUAGGGAUGAUUGCCAUAAAAAAUGAUUGGUGAUUCAUUGUGGAACAGAUAGCUUUCUAUCCUAGUUUGUCCAGUCUUUGCAGCUGCAAAUAAUUUCUGAAAAUUGAAUAAUCUAUGUUCCUUUCAAAUCAGGAGGAAACUUUUGAUUAUACUUAAUGAAGCCAAAAUGCCAGAAUGUUAAAGGUUUAAAAAGAAUGACAUCUUGAAAAAACAAAUCUCUUGACAAAUAUUUUAAGAUACAGUCAGGUUGAUCUAACUUGUGAGUAUUUAAGGUCAUUGUAAAUACUUUCUGCAGUAAGUUCUUCCACCUUAUAAAGUAACAAACGUAUAACAGGUGUUGAAAAUAUUAAACCCAUGAAGUUUAGAAUUUCAAAAUUGACUUUCCAUUUUUCAUUUUGAUCAUGUGAUACCAGUUUAUACAUUAUGGAUUUCAUGAACAGUGUUCAUAUAUGCGACAAGCAUCAUAUGAAUAUUUUUUUUAACAGUUUACUUUUGAAGAGCAUAACAUUCAUGCUUUUCUGAUGUAUUAUGGCUCCUUUUUGUUCAGGGCUUGAACUUUAUGUAAGACUAUUAAAUGUAGACCUUUCCCUUUUUUUCCCUUUCCUUUGGAAAUGUAUAAAUCUAUCUAUCUAGAUCUAGAUAUAUAUAUAUAUAGCAACUUUAUUGAGACAUAACUAUUACAUACAUGCCAAUAGACUGUCCAGAUAUCUUGUUGGUUCAAGAAUGUCUUCUAGGCCACCUGCAAUAGCUCAACCCACACUGAAUUACAUUGUUCAAAUUGAAGAGCUAGAUCUCCAAAAGCGUCAUUUUAGCUAAGUUAUUACUAGUCCAUAUUUCAUUGGUUUUAUUGUAAACAUCUGGCAAUAUAUAAUAUUGAUUCUCUGGCCAUUUGUAGCUUAAUGCUUCAAAGUUAAGCUUAUUGCUUAACGCACUGUAAGCCACCCUGAGUCUCCGGAGAAGGGCGGCAUAUAAAUCAAAUUAAAAAAAAUAAAAAUAAAUAAAUAAAUAAAUAAAUAAAAAGCACCAGAAGUCAAGCCAAGAGGUCCCUUUCAAGUAACACAGGGAAUGAGAGCCUAUUAUUAUUCAGUUUGUUUUCGAGACAUAGAGAUUUUUCUUGAAUACUGAUACCUAGGAUCUGUAGACUGACUAUAUAUAAAAUAUGGAUUAUAUAUCUCAGAUGUGACAGCACUGCGAUGGGUGAACUCUCUCUAAAAGUACAGGACCUUUUUGCCAUUUCUGUAUAUUCCGUAUACAGGUUUAUAUGUUCAGUGGUUUUAUUUGAUGCCUAUAGAAAUUGGAAAUAAUACAGUGAUCAAUUAAUACUCCCAGUAUCUAAACAACCAUUAAGAGUGUGGUCCACAUUCAGGUUAACUUUAGUAACAUGAUGUGGCAAUAUAAAAAGGCAAGAUGGAUAGGAAGAAUUCCUUUAGAGGAAAAUGCAAUCCCAGGUUACAGCUUACUUCUAUCAACAGAGAUCAGACCCAAUCCCUUAGAAACAUUACAUGUUGGCCCAAGGAUGUAGGCAUACUUUGUGGAGGAUACGAUGCUUUUGAGAAUUUUAAUGUAGUGAAUGAGGAUUCAGGUGGCCAGCAGUUUUUGCUGUUGAGAAACAAUGUAAUCCCAAAGGUUGGAUCCACUUUUUCACUUUCAGUUGCCAGAGGAAAUAAUGUUGUGCCCUGACUUGAUAGAAUGCAUUAAAUUGCAUUACAAUAAAUGUAAAUUUUAUCUAUAUACUAGAUAAUUCAGCCAAAGAUGGUAUAUGUCAUUUGAAGAUAUAAGGAAGAGCAGAGGAAUUGCAGAAUUUCCAAUGCUAGAAACCAGGCUUAAAAUCCAUCGUUGCCUUAUUCUCCUUAACUUUUCUUUUCACUUAUAUAUGAUUUGUGGAAAGUUUAUUCAGAUAGUCAUUUUUAUCUGGGCUCUUUAUUUUUUGUGUCUGUCCUGUUUGAUAUUUUACAACAAACAAGAAUCUAGAACAAUGUAAACUGGCUCUUUGUUAAAAGAUAUAGCCUGUAUUUAAUUCACUAUCACUUUGAUUGGCAAUAUUUUUUUAUGUUUAAUUCUGACAGCAAGGUAUAAUUUAACAUAUAUUUGAGAGAAAAACAUAUUGCCAGUAUGCUCUAAUUUUUCAAUCCAAGCCAAAAUUAUAGACUGGAAAGUUUUGCCAGGAAGCAAAUGUGAGUGUACAGCCAGCAGUGGACAGGCUCUGAAACUCUGUUUGGCAUUUGGAGGGGCAAGGGGAGUGGAACAGGACCACUAAAAUAUGGGAUUUGAGUCAAAUGAAAUGUUACAGGGAAUAAAGUAGUAAGCAAAGCAUAUAUUUCUAGAACCAUUUUUUCCAUACAAAAUGAAGCUUGCAAAUGGUGAGCUCUGAAAAAUAUUCUUGAGGUCUUGCUUUAGGAAACACCCCCCCCAAAUUAAUCAAUGGUUUCACAUGAAAAUAAUGCAGUUCCCCUUGUAAUUUCAAACACUUGAGAGACUUUGCAUAAUAAAUAUGUAAAAUCCAUUUCUGAUCUAGUAAUCAUUUGGCAAACUGAAGGGAUUUGAUCUGGCCAUCUUGCUUUUAGAGCUACCCAACUAUAUUGGUGGUACAAAAGUAAAUACAUGACUUUCUAUUUUGUUACAUAAAAUGAAUAAUAAACCAUGCUAGCAAACAUAUUUUUUUCAGUUACAUUUACUUAAAAUAAUAAUGUUAGCAUUAAAUUCCAAUUCUCAGUAUGAUUCUCAUACUAUUGAUGGACCAAAAAAAUGCCAUGAAAGAAUAUCCUUGACCUGACUCUUUCCCCCGUUUUAUCUCAAAGGUUUGAAAUGUUUAUACCUAAUCUGUGUAUCCCUAUCUGUGCUUUUUAACAUAUAAAUCCUACAAGGAUUUAAAACUUCAUAAAUGUAUAUAGGAAAAAGUGAUCAUAGUGUAAACACUACCAGAUGAAAAAUCUGUUGAUAAGAGUUGUCUGUGACCUUAGGAUUCAUUGGCCAAUUAUGCAAAGUUACAUUCUAGUAUUCUUAAAGCAAUACAUUAUUUUAAAAAUUCAACUGCAUAAUUCUUGUUCUGUGCAGCAUUGGGGCCAAAUUUAACUUGUCAGCAUUUCAGAUGAUUAGGUGGGAAAAGUUAAAUCAUAUCCCUGAGUAUUUAAGUUGGAUUUGAUUUCCUUUGUUAAUGGCAAGAAGAGAAGAAACACAACUGUAAUUAGUGCCAAUUCAUUGUCCUGAAUUAUUCUUACUGUAUUAUGGAUUAUUAUUGGAUUUUAACAUUUUAAGUAGGGUUUUUUUUUAUUGUCCACUUAUUUUUUGCUAUUGCUUUCAAAUUCAUGAAGUCCUUUUGGAUCUAAAUGGAAAAUGAAUUUUUCAUUCUAUUCCAUAUUUCUACUAGACUAUUUUAAACAUACACCAUGCAGUACCAAACAAAUUUCUAUUUUCAUGAUAUAGAAAGACAUCUAAAUCAACUGUUAAUGAAAAUCUGAAAUGAAAUCAUCUUUGAUUAAUCCCCCACUCGCUGUCCAAAUAACAAUUUAUAAAUAGGAAGCUCAUUUUUUAAUUCUGGUUAAUUAUCAAUAGCACAUGCCAGACUUUUAUUCCCUUAUUUAAGAAUAUGAAGCUAUUUCACACAUUUAGAUUUUUCCUCUAUGAAAUACUAUAUCCCAUUUUAGGAAACUAUAGCGUAAAUAUGCAGCGAACAUUUACCUUUGCUCUGGGAACACAACCUGCAUUUCUACUGCAUGCACAGAGAUUUGCUUUUAAGGCAAAUUACGAUGAUCUUUGAUUCACACUGGAACUAAUGUAGCUUUAUUAUUGAGAAGGAAAAUUAUUUACGAUGUUUAAUGUUGCUGUAUUUGUAGACAUCUCCUGGCACAUUCUGACUUCUGUUCAAACCUGUGUUGUUGAACUGAAUGUUUGCUAUAUAUUUUCUCACCAGGAGAGUAAAAUGGAGACAUCUUGACUGAAAUAAUUCGGAAGAUCACUCUGUCCCUUCUCAUCUCUUGUUUUCAAAGCAGGCAAUGUUACAGAAUUGUAGAAACAAUGCCUUUGGUAGCAGCUGGUUUUCUGGCACCUUUAAAAAGAUACCUCAGCAUAGCUUUGUUAGUAUUGUAAGCAGACUGAAAAAUCAGGAGAGAGCAUCUUUAUAAAUAGUGGAGGUAACUGUAGUAGUAGAGUUUAGUUAAGCUUCUGGAAACCCAGUGUAUAUGUAUUUGGAAUUCUGUGUUUUACAGGGAUGGCGUUGGGAAGAAGCAAAGUAUGUUGACUAUGGUAGAAAGUAGGGGUGGAAAAAACAUUUCAAAUUGUUUCAAGUGUGAGACUUAAUGACGCUGUUCUGAAUACAAAACUGUUGCCCAAAUGUUUUGGAAAUUCUUCAGAAUUGAAACAGGGCUUUGAGUUCAAACAGUUGUUUCAGGGUUGAAUAAUUGCAAAAUAUUCAAACCAGCCAGUAACUGACUCAAAAUUGGAAGUUUUAACAAAGUUUUACACUUGAAUAGCAAGUACACUCCUACUAGAAGUCAAAUGUUGCUUACAACUUCCAUCUCUCUCUUUUUUUAAUUUUAUCUUGCCAAAGGAAACAGACGCUUACUCCUAAAUCUGGGAUUCUUUGAUUUUAUCAAUAAUAUUCAAUAUUUCAAACGACAGCAUGCAGGUUACCAAUUUGAGUUGCUAUAUUGUGUUAUUUGUACACACAGCAAAUUAGCAACCCAUUUCAACCUGUGUAGUUGCACUAGGGUUAUUUUUAAGCCAAGAUGUUUAACUUGGGGAUGGGAAUGGAAGAUUUCCAUCUAAAUUAAAUCAGAAAGUUAUGGUAAAGUGGUUGCUUUUUCCCACUCAUUGAUUGUAGUGUUUAAUAAUAAAUACUUGUAAAAUAAUUUUAAAGUAACAAUGUUAACCUUGUCUAGACCAAAAAUUGCAGAAGAUAAACCAAACUAAACACUAAUCUUCUCUGAACACUUAAACAUAGUGUACAUGGGGGAAAGAUGAUCUUGUAAGAUAGUCCUUGGGAGAAAGGGUUUCUUACUGAAUAGAUCAUUAUUCUUGUUUUAAUUUUGCUGAGAGGCUAAGUCAUUUUUUUGCAAAUAAUGCAUAUUUUGGUUUGAAGACUGAAUUCUUUAAAUUUGUCUAUUCGAUCCUUAUUCUAACAUAUUCUUUAAAAUAAUGUUAGUGUGCAUGUGUAUUUGUGGGCUGGCAUAUUAUUUGGGAAUGAAGGACUUAGGUUGACUGGAGGAGAGAAUUUCCAAUGGCUUUUAUGCUUAAAGGCACUGGUAAUCUUUGCCAACUUUUCUGUUUUUGGAGUGUGUUAGAAUUUUUUUAAAAAGGUGGUCUUAGAAGUUAAUAUUGAUACCUUUUUUCUUUGAGGAUAUAGUUUAUAGUAGUUUUUCUUCCUGUACAAAUGAGCUUAAUUUGGCUGAUUUCAUUGAGGACAUAUUGGAAUGAAGAACUGAUUAAAACAAAGCCCAAGGUCAUAAGCUAUUUUUUGGAAACAGGGAAACCUGAAAUAUUUAAAAAUGCAUUAUCUUUUGGCACAGUUCAGAUGUACUAGGUGAUGUCUUUUUCUUUACAUAAUGGAAAUGUUGGCGAUAACUGUUGUUGUUUCUUUUUUACUCACCAGAAGAGCUUUCAAUAUUCUCACAUGACGUGCUGUGGCUUGAUUAACUGCAAUAAUCAAGUUCGACGUACGCUCGUAUAAAGAAAGCAGUUGUGUAAUUAUAUAUGGGUUGUCCAUUUCUUACUUUGUAAAUCAGCUAGAAUGCAUAACCUCACUGAAAGCUUUAAUAAUAGAUUUGGUGUUCUGACUUUAUGUAAAGUGGUAUUAAUAUUGUGUGAUUUUCCUAAACUAGUUAGAUUUAUAGGUAGAAAAUAGGAAAAUACUCUCAAAGAUAAGAGCACUUGGAACAAAAGAUAUUGAAAACGAGAGGAAGGAAAUGAAACAGUUGGUAGGUGGGAUCUUGAAAGAAAAAUUCUUAAUGGAGAGAACUGCAAUGAUUCUCUUCUGCCUUAUUUCUUAUCUUUGUUUGCUGAAGCCAAAAUAUUGACUUAAAGUCUGUUGUGAACUCUUCCUCCAAUGUUUAUUGUCACAAUCUUCUUCUGACACACCAAAAAUAAUAUUGCUUUUUCAGUGGGUAAAACCCAUUAAAAUAAGUUUUCCAAAUAAUUUCUAACUUUAUUUGAUAUACCAGAACGUUUUCAGCACUGAUGGUGCUGGUGAUAAGAAUACUAUAAGUUAUUUGAUAUAUGUUGUAAUGUAUAAGUCUGCAUUUAAUUAAGAUAUACAUCAAGCAAAGCUACUUUUUCAGUAGUUUUGUAAAGGGCAUUAUUGUGGGGGCAGGGAGCCAUUGUUUGCCCUAUAUAAUUCUUAUUAUGAUUUUAACGCGUAAGAUUCAGUUUCUCUAAACUGCAAGGAGAAAAUACCAUAGAUAUUGAUAUGGCAGUGCAUAGAUAACUCUACUUACUUAAAACUCAUUGGAGAAGACUUGCACUUUUCUCUAAAAUCCACAAGGCAAAAGAUCGGGUACAAGAAUCUUUCAGAGCAUCAUUAGACAUUUUCACUCCUUGAUCCUACCAUGUUGGUGUUCCAUUUCCUUUUUCUGUAAUAGUAUCUAAGGCUAGGUAUGAAUAGGUGUCGGAUCUUUAUCCGCCACAGGUACAGGAGCUGUCGUAUACCUCAUUUCUAACUCGUAACCGAGUAACUUGCUUUAACUUUCUCCAAACCCUACAGAGAUGCCAAGUCUGCCACCCUUCCUUUAAUUAGCAUUGAACUCUGGCCUAUAGCAAACCGUGACCUGUAACCUGGGGACAGAUCCCCAAAAGCCUCUGAAUGUUGCUGCUUAAAAGCUACUGCAAACUGAGGGCAAAUUGCAAUCUUUUAUUUGUUUUGGUUACCGGGGGUCAUCUUGUAGCCUUUGAAUACCCAUCUCUUUCCCAGCCUGUGCAUGAAAUCUGUAUGCUGCCUUCUGCCACCUCCUGGCGAGAUGUCAGGGCUCUUGUUUUCCAGGAUCAAGCCAGGGCCAAAUUGUGUGCAUACAUACCACUUUCUACCUUUUAACCUGUUGACUUCGUGUGUCACUCCUUUUCUAAAACAUGUUCUUUUAUUAUUUGACAAUCUUGUUCAUUUGCCACCUCUUCCCUUUGGGCUAACCAGAAGCUGCAUCCAUACUCUUUCUACCAUUUUAGUUUGAAUGUACUUUUACCCACCCCUUUAGAAAGGGAAGCUUUGCCAGGUCACGGUGCCCUGCUAUAUGCUGAGGGGAGCGGUUUCUUUGUUUCGUUUUGUUCUUUUAAAAAAUUCCAGCCAAAACCAAAGAUUUCCUAAUGAUUGUAUAAACUCAAAACAAACAAACAAACCAAAGACAAAGGGCAUCUUCAGCACCAAUCAAAUCCGGGAAGCCAUCUUUUCUGGGUGUGGAAGAAAUGAACCCCAAAGUGGUUUUUGCCUUCCACUCCAAGAUGCAAUGGAUGGCUUGAUCUAAGGUAAUGUGGAUUUGGGUCAGCAAGGUAACUUUUCUCCCACUCCGUUUGGGAUGCAAAGUACUCUUACAAGAUUACAAAUCCGAGGGGCAUAGAGAAAAGCUUGGAAAAAUUUGACUGAGCUUUAUAUAUUGGUUGUGAAGCUGAAGACCUUGGUGCAUGAUUGGCUGCUCUGAUGGGUCCUUUUAACCCUUUGUGAGCUGGGUGAUAAAUUGAUUAAUACAUGCUAGGGUGCACUUCUGAGCUUCCCCCCUGCCACUGCUUGGAAGAGGCUGUCCUAUUGUGAGAAAUAUCUGAUUUUUUUUCUUAUUUUCCGCUUUUUUCCUUUUUCUUACUUGUUCAUUAUUUUUGCAGCACCACUGUGCAACUAUGCAUUGUAUUUCUCAACAUUUUUGCUAGGUAGAUGCCUAUGACUUUUUAAACUUUGGGGGAGGGGGGGUUGCCAACGAAGGAACUUUUUACACAAAUCUUUUAAAUCUCAGUUGAGUAGGGGUGUUUGGUUCUAGGGUCAUACAAGCUCUAUCCCAAAGCAAAAUCCAAAUGUUAAUAAUAUUAGCCUGAUGCAGAUACCAAAGAUAAUUUCUUUCCUGCAGAACCUUAGACUUGUGUAUUAAGUACAAUUACCCAGCACUUGCAUUAGUCUAACCUCAGUAAUUCCAAAGCUUAGAUGUAUAUUUUGGUAUAUUUCUGGGAUAUUAAAAAUGUGUUUAAAUUCUUGUUUGUUUCUGUGUAAUGCUCUUAAAAGUCAUAGCAUGGAGAUAAUUGAUUGUCUUAUUCUUAGUAGUUUGAAAUAAUAGUAUUUUUGUAUGUUUUGGGUGUGUCUAUGUACGUAUUAACACAAUAGUUUUCACUGCCUAGGUGUUCAUAAUUGAGGAAAAAUGUACAUAAUCUGUAAUUUCCCUCAAAUUGUCAAUUUAGAUUGCAUUUUCUCUUAUUGCCAUUCUGAACAGAGAGCUCUUUUUUUUUUAAAGAGACAGCAUGCUUAUAUGGGUGAAAUUGAACCUUUGCUCUACUCAGAAGUCAUCGUCCAUUCAUAUCCAGAGGUGAGAUAAGAAGCCAGGUAAAGCUGUUUACUAAAGGGUAAUGCAUGGUUCCAAUGUCAUAACUUUUUUCUGUUCAUUAUAAGAGAGUUAUGUUGCCAUAAGGCAGGAGUGGGCAAAUGUGGCUCUUUUACAACCUCUGGACUUCAACUCCCAGAAUUCCUGAGGCAGCCUGACUGUCUCAGGAAUUCUGGGAGUUGAAGUCCACAGGUUGUAAAAGAGCCACAUUUGACCACCCCUGCGGUAAGGCAAUGGAAACAUUGAUUAGAAAAAUGUUUAUUACCCUUUCUCUUGCAAAACCUAGUAUGUAAUCUUUGUGGAUUGCACAGCUUCAUUUACAUUGAUGAACAGGUUUUUUUUUUUCAUUGAUUCUUCUUUUCAUGAUCAUUUGUACAAUUUAAUUUGGAAUGUAUGUCAACAUAAAAGAGUGGUUUACAUAUCCUACAACAUUCAUUCUUGCUUAUGCUCAGUCUGAGACCCGUAUCCUGAGGGAGAUCAAAAGAAUGCUGUCUCUUUAAAGAUAUCUUCUGUUUUUCCCCUAGUGGCUGCCUGCAGGCGGCUGUGGGCAUUGAGAAACUGUAGAUUACAGUGAAUCAGGAUGAAAAUGGUAGGUUUUGUGUAGAUGCAUUUGUCUGCUGUAAUUUUUAUAUAUAUGAGACUUACUGUAACUGUACAGUUCAUUUCUGUUGUAAACUUCAUUAAACCAUUUUUCCAAGUGUUUUAACAUC